AUCUAUAUCAGAAGUUGACUGGAAUGGUAAUUAAUGGAGAAUAACAAGAUUGUGACCAGGUGGUGUUCUGGGCAAUGGACUGGCAGCAUGUCCAUGGAUGGCUAUUACUUUGCACCUGAUGAUGCCUGGAUAUGCAUAACUGGAUUAAGUGAAUCUGAGAAUAAUAUUUUAUAUUAGAAAUGUUAAAGAAUUAGGAGUAUUUUUUACAGACAAGUAGCGAAAUUACAACAACUAUAAAACAGAAAUACAGAAAAGAAAGAAAAAAAAAAUGGGGCUAUACAUGGCAUUGUCCUUAUAAAAAUAUCAGCUGGGUUGUGGGUUUGAUACCGUAGGGCUAAAAUUUAUGUAACCCAGCUACUCCUGAUCCUUCUGUUAUCUUGACUAAGGGGCACAUAAAGUUAUCCCACUCUUAAAUAACAAAGAAGAUAUACUUGUAAACAAUUUAAAUAAAUGAGGUUAUGCCAGUACCCUAGUUAACCUUCUACCUGUUAGAACAAAACUGCCCCAGCAAGUAAACAAUACAUAUCACAAUUAGUCAGAAAUAAUAAGUGUAUUAAAAAAGGUUUUUUGCACUGGUAUUUAUAGGAGCUCUCCUGAUGCCAGUGACUCUCUCUCUCUUUCUCUCUCUUCUUCUUGUGCACAGUCUGUGGGAUUUUAUUCUGCCCUGUGCCAUCCUGGCAUCCUUGCCUUGGCAACCUCCUACCAGCUGGGCACUAACCUCACAUGUUAUGUCUUGUGUUGUUGUUUUUCCUUUACUGUAUCAAGCAAACAACAUAAGAUGUACAGUACCUCAUAUAAAUAUAGAAACAAGCAAUAUAUUUGCUUAUUAUUCUUUAUACAAAUAUGUAAAAGGGAAUAAAGAUAAGAAGGUAUCUUCUUAUCACUGUCUAAAUGACCAUAGUGUAAUGAGUAAACAUUCUAGCUCAGGGUUUCUUUUAUGGACAUGCAAUUCACUGCUCCACCAUUAAAUAAUCUUGCCAUAUCAUUGUGUGACAUGAAUGGGGCCUACUAUUUUGAUUACGUGUCUCUGGCUCUUGUGUCCUUAUCGAGGACUGUGCAGUAUAAAUACCUUUUCUUUUUGCUGUGCAACAAAUAUUAAUUUGUUGUCUAAGAGAACAUUUCUUUAAGUCAACCUUUUUAGAUAUAAAAUGAGAACAUUUACAGUAAAGAACAAAUUUUCCUUUGGUGAAAUUUUAUUGUCGGUUCUUUUUAUUGUUUUAUUAAUUAUCUGUGGGGGUUUGAUAGCAGUCUCAUGGCUCGCAAUUAACAACCAGUCAACAGAACAAAAUGAGAGUAAUGGAACAAGCGAACACAGGAAAGGAAGAUUCAUAAUACAGAAAGGAGCUAUCUUCAGUGAAAAUCUUCUGAAUAAAUCUUCAAUGGACUUUAAAUCUCUUGCUUUUGAUGUCGAACAUAUGAUAUCAAACAUUUACCUGGAAAGUACCUUGAAAAACCAGUACAGUUCUUGCAAAGUUUUAAAUUUCAGAAAUGGAAGUGUUGUGACUUACAUGGAACUAACUUUUAGGAUUUCUGUGCCUGAUGAUGUGAUUAAACAAGUUCUCAUCGGUGGAAUUCAGGAAAAUAAUGGAGGAGUUAUAGGCAACUUUCAUAUUGACAUUCAAAGUGUGGAAAUUGGAAUGAAGCAACUCGAGGAGAGCUUAGCCGCCCAGCAGCAGUUCUUUACGUGGGCCCAUGAAUCAAAUGAAAACAUCACCAAAGCUAAUUAUGAAGUGGCUAUGUUAAUUGCUAAACGUGGAAAACCUUUUACAGAAGCAAGUUGCUUUCCAGACUUUGUGCUUUGUGGAAAUAAAAUUUCAUGUGUAAAUAAAACAUUACUCUGUGAUGGACAAAAUGACUGCCCUGAUGGCUCUGAUGAAGCUCCAGACUCCUGUGCAACACCUUGUGAUGGACAGUUCAUUUUGGAAGGGCCAGCUGGAUUUUUCAAUUCCAAGAAUUUUCCUUCACAGUAUGAGCAAAACUUACAAUGCCAGUGGAUAAUAUGGGUAGAGAAAGAUUUCAGUAUUAAACUAGACAUUUUGACAUUUGAAACAGAAGAUUUAAUUGACACCUUGAAUGUGUAUUCAGGAACUGGAAAGAGCAAAAUUCUAAUAUAUUCACUUUCAGGCUCUGUUUCAGGAUCUCUCAUGAUAUUUUCUGAUGAAGCAAGUGUUGUGUUUUCCACAAAUGAAUAUACAAGUUUUAGUGGAUUUAACAUAACAUACAAGGCAGAAUACAUUAAUAACCUUACAAAUGAGGAGAAAAUUAACUGUUCAUUUGAAGAGGGGAUGUGUUACUGGACACAAGACCUGAAAAAUAAUGGACAAUGGACACGACUCAAUAGAGGAAUAUUCCCACCAUUUUCUGGACCUGAAUUUGAUCAUACUUUUGGGAAUAGCACAGGGUUCUAUAUUGCCACUAAUCAAGAGCCAGGAAUAAUGAGUUAUAACCUCCUUAGUCUUGCCCUGCGUACUGCCAAUCAUCCACAAUGUCUAAGCUUUUGGUACCAUAUGUAUGGAUCAGAUGUCUAUCGUUUAAGUGUGCUUCUUGACAGUAUCUCAGGAACAACAAACACUAUUUUUGAAAAAACUGGCAACUAUGGAGACCACUGGAAUUAUGCUCAGAUUACACUAAAUGAAAAAUAUUAUUUUGCUAUUACCAUCAAAGCAGAAAAGAGAAUGGGAAGAUGGAACAUCAUAGCAUUAGAUGACAUCAAACUAACAAAUACAAGCUGUGUUGGAGUUGUACCAGAGCCUACUCAUGUCCCACAGCCAACUAUACCACCUUCAGAACCAACUGACUGUGGUGGUCCUUUUGAGCUCUGGGAAUCAAAUAAUACAUUCAGUUCGCCCAAUUAUCCCAACAAUUAUGUCAACAGAGCAUUCUGCACUUGGCACUUAAAUGCAGAAGAGGGCAAAAAUAUUCAGUUCCAUUUCUCUGACUUUGAACUUGAAUAUAUUAAUGAUGUCGUUGAAGUAAGAGAUGGAAGGGGAGAUGAAUCUUUAUUGCUUGAUGUGUUUACAGGUAAAGAGUCAUUUCGGGAUGUGUACUCAACCACAAAUCACAUGACAGUGCACUUUGUAACAAAUAAGGAAAUAACGAGAAAGGGAUUUCUGGCAAAUUUUACAACUGGUUAUCAUCUUGGUUUUCCAUGGUCUUGUUCAUCAGGCGAAUAUCAGUGCCUCAGAGGCAAAUGCAUUUCAAUCAGCAGCCACUGUGAUGGUUAUUUAGAUUGUCCAGAUGCAUCAGAUGAAGCUGAUUGUGUGAGCCUCCUCAAUGGUACUCAGGUAACAGACGGCCAAAUGCAGAUGAUGGUUAAGCAUGAAUGGUACAGAGUCUGUGCAGAAACAUGGGCUCCUCAACUAUCUAAUUUCUUUUGUCAAUAUUUAGGUUAUGGGGCUGGACAAGCAACAUUGGCUCCAUCAUUUCAGAACAACACUCAGUUUGUAACAAUAACACAAAGAAAAAAUGGAACCCUCCAAGUUGAAACAAGUACUACAUGUAACAACAGGUCCAUCAUUCAUCUGCAAUGUACAAAAAGAGAAUGUGGAACCAGAAAGGUCUCCAUGAAAUCUGAUGGCAGGAUAGUUGGAGGCAACAAUGCCAAGGAGGGUGCAUGGCCUUGGGUAGUUUCUCUUUAUUUUAAUGGCAAACAUAUCUGUGGAGCUUCACUUUUAAAUAACAGAUGGUUGGUAACAGCAGCUCACUGCGUUUAUGGGAGAAGCUUUGAUCAAUCAAAAUGGAAAGCAGUCAUUGGACUUCACACUCAGCUUAAUUUAACAUAUCCACAGACGGUUAUUUGUCAGAUUGACAACAUUUUCAUGAACCCGCAUUAUAAUAAAAGAACAAAAGACAGUGACAUUGCUCUAAUACAUCUGGAGUCUUCUGUACAUUUCUCAGACUAUAUUCAACCCAUAUGUCUUCCUGAAAAAAAUCAGCAGUUUAAGCCAGGAACAAAAUGCUUUAUUGCUGGCUGGGGCUACUUGCUUGAGAGUGGGUCUGUUGCAAAUAUCUUGCAAGAAGCAAGUGUCCCAAUAAUAGCAAAUGAUGUCUGUCAGCAGAGGAUGCCUGAAUACAAUAUCACUCAGAGAAUGAUGUGUGGAGGAUAUGAUGACGGUGGCAUAGACACUUGCCAGGGAGAUUCUGGGGGUCCUCUCAUGUGUCAAGAAGAUAAACAGUGGAUAUUAGCAGGUGUCACCUCUUUUGGUUAUGGGUGUGCUCAGCCAUUUCGUCCUGGUGUGUAUGUCCGUGUCACUGAAUUUUUAGACUGGAUUCAGGCCAUAAUAAAGUGGUCUUUAAUUUAACUUUUAUUUUCUUACUACAGUUACUCACCCCUGGUAACUGGAUUAUUAACUUGGAUUAUUAAUAUUGGUAUUUUGUUGUUUAGUAUUAGAUUUUUACAAUGUGAGUUUCUGCCUUUUUAAAGCUGAACAGAGGCCAAGCACACAACCAUAAUGUAUAGCAUACAAAUUGUAAAUCAAAGCAUGAGGAAAGCAUUUUUUCUAAAGUUUUUCUUUCUGUACUGUAUAAACCUGUGCUUUUUUGUUGUUCUGUUGAAAAUAAAACACUGAGUGACCAGAACAGGCACUGAGCUUCAAAUUUCAAAAAGAGGAAA